GUUCAACGAAAUGAUUCUUUAGACGUCAUUGAUCACGUGCUGCUGAUAAAGGGACUCUGCUUUGAAUUAUACCGCUUAGCGACUUCAGUACAUGCCUCAUAGCUCCAGUCUCAAACUUAACCCCGUUCCUGAUGAUGAAGAAGAGGUGGUCUGCCUGCUGGAUGGAGAAAGACGCUCUCGUGGAAGAGGAGGCUGUUACAAUACAAAAACAAGUAGAGGUUGAGGCUGUUAUUGUGAAAGAAGAAGAGAAAGAGGUCUCAGUUAAAGAAGAGGAAGACUCGUUCAGAGUCAAAGUGAAAGAAGUGGAGGGGGAAGUGACUGUCACAUCGAAAAAUGAAGAAGAGGAGGAAACUGGAUAUCUGGGCCCGGUUUCCCAAGCGCAUCUUAAGGCGUCGGAUGGUUCUAACGAUGAACGGGCCCUGAUUAACACGAGAGAGAGACGUGACUAUCGUGGAUCCUCUGGGGAGCCUCAACAACCUCAUGAUAGACCCACAGGGAAGAGAACUCACUGCUGCUCUGACUGUGGGAAGAGUUUCACCUCCUCAGCAGGCAUUAAAAUUCAUCAGAGAAUCCACACAGGAGAGAAAUAUUUUACCUGUAUUCAAUGUGGGAAGAGUUUUACUACAUCUGGCUCUCUGACAUUGCACCAGAGAAUACACACUGGAGAGAAACCUUAUAGCUGUGGUCAAUGUGGAAAGAGUUUUACUAGAUCUGGCCAUCUGACAUUGCACCAGAGAAUACACACAGGAGAGAGACCUUAUAGCUGUGUUCAAUGUGGGAGAAGUUUUACUAAAUCUAGCAAUCUUACAGUACACCAGAGAAAACACACAGGAGAGAAACCUUAUAGCUGUGGUCAAUGUGGGAAGAGAUUUACUAGAUCUGGCCAUCUGACAUUGCACCAGAGAAUACACACAGGAGAGAAACCUUAUAGCUGUGGUCAAUGUGGGAAGAGUUUCACUACAUCUGGCUAUCUGACAUUGCACCAGAGAAUACACACUGGAGAGAAACCUUAUAGCUGUGGUCAAUGUGGGAAGAGUUUUACUACAUCUGGCAAUUUGACUCAACACCAGAGAAUACACACAGGAGAGAAAUCUUAUAGCUGUGGUCAAUGUGGGAAGAGUUUUACUACAUCUGGCCAUCUGACAUUGCACCAGAGAAUACACACAGGAGAGAAACCUUAUAGCUGUGGUCAAUGUGGGAAGAGUUUUACUACAUCUGGCCAUCUGACAUUGCACCAGAGAAUACACACAGGAGAGAAACCUUAUAGCUGUGAUCAAUGUGGGAAGAGUUUUGGUAGAUCUGACAAGCUGACAUCACACCAGAGAACACACACAGGAGAGAAAUAUUAUAGCUGUGUUCAGUGUGACAAGAGGUACUCUGAUAAAAGAUCUCUGAUCAAACAUCAGAAAAUACAUACAUGAAGGAGUUAUUUUUGAGCUGUUAGUUUUAACAGGACGUGCAACCUCAUCUCCCUCCUGUCGGCACAAUUGAUUUCAACAUGAUAUUGAUGAGUGAUGACAAAUAAGUGUUGUGUUCCUUUGUUUAGCGCCCCCUACAUUUAAAUGCAUCACUCCAACAUGUAGCUGACUGUCUUCUGCAGGUUGUCCUCUAACCAGUGAGGUGAAAUAUAUCUCACAUUUCCAUGUUUUUAGUUGUGUUAGUUUCAACAGCACAUACAACCUGAUUUCCUCCCUAAUUGAUAUCCGUGAUUUUUCUUCUAUUUGUCAAAACAACAGUGUUUCUGGUGCUUGUGCAGUUUAUAAGGAGCUUGUUUAAAAAAUACAAGUAAUAUGAUUAUUGUGGCAGAUGUUUGUGUAAAUAGCACAUGUUAUGUUUAGGUUUUCAAUUUAUCCCCAAACUGUUCCUGCAUAUUGGUUAUUGAUUUGGAGACAUUAAAACUGUGUUUUGACAUUGGGGCUAUCACACAUAGCAAAAUGUAAUUGAAAAGCCAUUGAAAAUAAGACUAUGCAACUAAAUAUUUCAUAUUUACAUUUCAUGUAACAUUUAGUAGUGAUAUUUAUUAAUGCAACCAACUGACAAUUUUUGGUACAAUUAUAUUGACAUUAUUGCCCUACUUUUAGAAUAUCAGGGUUAAUUCUCAGAUGUGCUAGAGCAUGACAUUGGGGACUGGGCCCCGAUCCAACAACAUGCCUAUCUAGUGAACCCUGAAAAGAGAGAGAAGCUCCGCGGUGAGGUGGAAAGUUACUACGGAUAUUGCAGGAGUUUCCUCUUGAAAUCAGACAUGUCUGUGGUAAGGACAACUUGGAUGCUGAUUGUCUCAAAGGUGGGCGGUCAAAAAGAUUUGUGUUUUGCGUUUAGCCAGUGCGUUGCCAUGGAUCACAAUUUAUUUUGACUGCACGGUUCUUUGUAUUGGGGAUGAGUUUUGUUUGGGCUCGUUCCAAAGGGAUGAGAGUUCUAGAAGCUAGUGAGUUUCAGGAAGACGAGAGUUCUAGAAUCUAGUGAGUUUCAGGAAGACGAGAGUUCUAGAAGCUAGUGAGUUUCAGGAAGACGAGAGUUCUAGAAGCUAGUGGGAAAACAAGGUGUUUUUCCUAUAUUUAAUUGUUGACAGCCAGUAGACACCAUGUUUAUAUUGGUGAAGGUGAAGCAUUGUGGUUGAUUAUAUUGUGAAAUGGAAAUUGUUUUAUGUUGGUGGUGAGCAAACUUAUCCAACUAAAAUAUAGGAUAUAUUUGUUGUCUUAAGGGGGAAGGUGUUCCAGGCUUUUGUUUUUCCAUUUAUGUUUUGAGGUUGGACUUUUGCCCGUGUAGAUUGUUAGCAUAUAGGGAGAACCAAUCAGAGCCCCUCCUAAAACAUGUUUAGUUGUGGUUGUUGUUAGUUCCCUCUUCUGUUUGAGGGACAUUUUUGGUUUUCUUGCUGGAGAACGUAACAUCAAACAAUGGAGAAAGACAGGAUAUUUUGGGUUGCAUAUUGCAGUGAAUUGUUAAUAUUUUAAUCGAUGACAUUUCCUUAGAAUGCUCAUUAGUUUUCAGUUAUUCUGUUUUUUUAUCCUCUUAUGUUUGUGUUUUAAAUAUUUGUUUAUUUUCAUUGUUUUUUUCCUGUGAACCCGUUGGUUUGUAUCCGUGUCUGAAAUGUGCUGUAUAAAUAAAGCUUGAUUUGAUUUGAACAUAUUGCAAAACAAAUUAACCCAAUGACUGGCAAUCAACAGACUAGCAAAACCAAUGAACAAAUAUGUGAAAAAGCAAGAUCCAUCUUAGUGUAAAUUCAGUAAAUCUUCCACUAUGGUAUGUGUGUUUAGUAUCACUUUUCAACCAAUCCCAGGCCAUUUGUUGAAGAUGAAAAAUUUUGAAAUC